AUGCCUAGCGCGACAGGCCAGAACUGGGAGAAGUACCAGAAGAACUUCGCUGAUGAUGAGGAGCCCGAGAAGAAGAUCACACCCCUCUCAGACGAUGACAUUGCGGUACUUAAGACUUACGGAGCCGCUCCCUACGCCAACGCCCUCAAGAAGCUCGAGAAGGAUAUCAAAGACAAACAAAACAGCGUCAACGAGAAGGUCGGCGUGAAGAGCUCACACGCGCAUCAGGAAUCCGACACAGGUCUUGCACCUCCACACCUUUGGGAUGUCGCCGCCGACCGACAACGGAUGGCGGAAGAGCAGCCCUUGCAAGUAGCUCGCUGCACGAAGAUUAUUCAGGAUGAGAAGGAUGCCGACAAGAGCAAAUAUGUCAUCAACGUCAAGCAGAUCGCCAAGUUUGUCGUCAAUCUAGGAGAGCGCGUUAGUCCGACAGAUAUUGAGGAAGGCAUGCGAGUUGGUGUCGAUAGGAAUAAAUACCAGAUCAUGCUGCCACUUCCUCCCAAGAUCGACCCCAGCGUGACGAUGAUGACUGUUGAAGAUAAGCCCGAUGUUACAUACGGCGAUGUUGGUGGUUGCAAAGAGCAGAUUGAGAAGCUACGAGAAGUCGUUGAGAUGCCCUUGCUAUCACCAGAGCGAUUUGUGAACCUGGGAAUCGACCCGCCCAAGGGUGCCCUGCUUUACGGCCCUCCCGGUACCGGAAAGACCCUCUGCGCUCGUGCCGUCGCCAACCGAACAGACGCAACCUUCAUCCGUGUUAUUGGUAGCGAGCUGGUCCAGAAGUACGUUGGUGAAGGUGCCCGAAUGGUCCGUGAAUUGUUCGAGAUGGCACGCACUAAGAAGGCGUGCAUUAUCUUCUUCGACGAAAUCGAUGCUGUCGGUGGUGCCCGUUUCGACGAUGGUGCUGGUGGUGACAACGAAGUCCAGCGUACCAUGCUGGAACUCAUUACCCAGUUGGAUGGUUUCGACUCCCGUGGUAACAUCAAGGUCAUGUUCGCUACUAACCGACCUUCCACAUUGGACCCUGCCCUGAUGCGUCCUGGUCGUAUCGACCGAAAGAUCGAGUUCUCUCUUCCUGACGUCGAGGGCCGAGCCAACAUUCUCCGAAUUCACGCCAAGAGCAUGUCUGUCGAGCGGGAUAUCCGAUGGGAGCUGAUUUCCCGCCUGUGCCCCAACGCCACCGGUGCCGAACUACGCAGUGUCGCAACUGAGGCUGGUAUGUUUGCCAUUCGUGCUCGAAGAAAGGUGGCCACCGAGAAGGAUUUCCUGGCAUCGGUGGAGAAGGUUAUCAAGGGUAACCUGAAGUUCAACUCGACGGCGACGUACAUGCAAUACAACUAG